AAUUUGAAUGCCGAUCACUCCACACGCGAUCGGCAUUCUAUUUUUCCGAGGCAUUUAUCGACAUGCAAAGUUGAUAUAUUUGUUUAGGCAGCAUUUGAGUACCCUGUUUUGGGUUGUCUUUGUUUUCUCUUUUCCUUAUUCUUCCUUUGUUAUUGUUUGCUUCAUUGCCGGAAUGAGUUUCGGGGUUGGAUCAGGAUCUUCUUAUCAUUCCGGAAAUGGAUUUGGAGUUGGAAGCCCUCUGCGGCGUUCUUCCAGUAACAAAGGCGGAUUUUUAGGUUCAUCUGCUAAUGAGCGACCGGUUCACCAAGUUGAUUAUGUAGAGAAAGAUCCUAAGGGUCGAUAUGUUCGGUACAGUGAAGUGUUGGGCAAGGGAGCAUUCAAAACUGUCUACAAGGCGUUUGACUUACUUGAUGGUAUUGAAGUUGCAUGGAGCCGAGUGAAAGUUGAGGAUGUUUUGCAGUCGCCUGACGAUUUGGGAAAGUUGUAUGCGGAGAUUCAUAUUCUUAAACAAUUGAAGCAUGACAAUAUAAUGAAGUUCUGCGAUUCAUGGGUUGAUGACAAGAAGAGAACAGUUAACAUGAUCACUGAACUCUUCACAUCUGGGAACCUGAGGCAAUACCGUAAGAAGUAUAGAAGUGUUGAUAUGAAGGCAAUAAAGACUUGGGCAAGGCAGAUGCUUCAAGGGUUAGACUAUCUUCAUAGUCAGAACCCUCCUAUCAUUCACAGGGAUUUGAAAUGUGACAACAUAUUUGUCAAUGGAAAUCAUGGAGAAAUUAAGAUUGGGGACCUUGGAUUGGCUACCAUUAUGGAGCAGCCUACUGUUAAGAGUGUUAUUGGGACCCCGGAAUUUAUGGCCCCGGAGCUUUACGAAGAAGAAUACAAUGAACUAGUAGACAUAUAUUCCUUUGGAAUGUGUAUGUUGGAAUUAGUAACCUUUGAAUAUCCUUACAGUGAAUGCAAAAAUCCUGCUCAAAUAUUUAAGAAAGUUAGCUCGGGUGUUAAACCGGCUUCCCUCGGCAAAGUUACUGAUCCCCAAAUCAAAGAAUUCAUCGAGAAAUGCCUGGUUCCUGCUUCUCAGAGGUUGCCUGCCAAGGACCUUCUCAAAGAUCCCUUUCUUCAAUUCGAGAAUUUAAACGGGCCAAUCCAUAGUCUGUUGCAAUCACCUUACCAAAGUCCAAGAUCAUUAAGUUCAUUGAAAUCUGCACCUCAUUCGAUGGAUGUAGAUUCCGAUUGUAACCAAUCAGUAUGUACAGAUUCCCAUUGUGGAAGUCCUUGUGCUCCAACAUUGGAGUUCCAGAGGUUUCAUCAGAAUAAUGAAUUUAAAUUGACGGGUAAGAAGAAUGAUGAGAACUCAGUUUCAUUGACCUUGCGGAUUAAAAGCCCUUCGGGCAGAGUAAGGAAUAUACACUUCAAUUUCUAUCUCUAUACGGACACUGCACUCUUAGUUGCGGCUGAGAUGGUUGAUCAAUUGAAACUAGAUGAUCAUGAUGUAGAUUUUAUUGCUGACUUCAUUGACUAUCUAAUAAUGAAAAUUGUGCCUAGUUGGAAGCCUUCAGAUUAUUAUUCUAGUGGAGGGAGAAGUCAAAGAGAAGAGGCUCUACAGAACUACCUAACCUUGUCGCCCUUACCUACCACAUCCAAUGCUCGACAAGAUGAUAUUCCAGUUCUCAAUAUGAAUAACCAAACUAGCAGCAUUACUCAUCAAGUUGAUGAAGAUAAAUUGUAUGCUAAUUCAAAUGGCACUUCUUGUCGUGUUACUUUUGCUUCCCCUUCACAUUUGGCAAGUGUGAUAGAUGGAGAGUCUGUUGCUUCUGAAGUUAUGGGAAAGAUUUCAUCUCUAAAAAAUUCAUUUGGAUUUGGCGAUUACUUUACAUGUGCAGAAGUAAUCUCUAAAGGUUCUAGUGGAAACUUAUCGGAGCUGGAUUUCAUGGGCUUGUUUCAUGAUGAAUGCAAGUCACAGGGAAAUGGUGGCGAUUAUGUAGAAUGCAUGUUAACAAAUGGAUUUGGAAAGAAUCUGGAGGUGACCUUGACAGAUACAAAUAGAGCUUCUAAAUGCAUGAGUUUGUCAAGCAACUGUUCAUUUUUAUCGUUAGUAUCAAAAGAUGAGGAGAGUGAGUUAAAGUUAGAACUUGACACAAUUGAAUCACUGUAUCGACAAUGCUAUCAAGAACUCUCAAGAAUGAAGCUGGAGGCAUUAGAAGCUUGCAGGAAGAGAUGGAUCACAAAGAAGAAGUUGGCAUGUAAUUAAUUGAAGGAGAAUAGCUGACAACAAUUCAUUCUUUUUUUUAAAUCUUUUCUUAAUUUGUGAUCACAUAUUUGAAUCCGUGAUGGAUUUUGGUAUAUCAUUUUUUCAGACCUAUCUUCCUUCAUACCCCUUUAUUUGUGUGGGUGAAGAUUAUAUGUACUUUGUAUAAAGUGUGUAUAUAGUCGUUUAGUUUUGCUGAUUUUUAGCCUUUUUAAAACUCUUCUUCUUUGGCCAUGGUUAGGCAAAUGUUUUGGAAUAAUUGACUUGUAA